GACUUUUAUUUUCACUGUUGCAAUCACCGUGCUACAUUUACGGGCCACAUUGCCAAUCACUUACAGAGAUCAUGGGAGGUGACGGUCAGGCUCUGGCAAACAAGCGUUCACUUCUGCAGAAGUCAAGAGUUUACGUGACGGCCGCAGAGGCCGCAGAACUGGAGGCAACCGACUUGAAAGAGAAACAGACAGCAAAGGCGCGUAAUGUGGAACGCUGGCGUCACUGUGCACUCUCACUUGGCUCCUUAGAGUUUCCUGUUGCGUUUGAUGCAGAGGGCAAUGUGUUCUCCAAACAGAGCGUGGUGGACUACUUGCGGAGACAAAAGGAGGCAGCAGCGAGCGGAGCAACAGAAAAAUCGCAAAUACUGAAUAUCAAAAAGUUGAGCGAUGUGCGGGAAGUGUCAAACGAUACCGGUGAUUCUGACACAGUUUGCUGUCCUGUAACUGGCUUUGCCACUUCUUCUGGGAUGCACACGUUUGUUGGUUUUUGGGGUUGCGGUCAUGUUGUUUGCAGCUCAACGUUGCCAAAGUGGAGCGACAAUGACUCUCAGCUUGAUAUUGAAUGCCCUUUCUGCGGUCAAAAGUCAUUUUAUGUACGGCUAGUGCUGGAUAGCGAAGGCGACGCACAAAUGCAGUCUGCCUUUCUGCGCUCGCAUCUGAAAAAACACCGUAAACGUGGACGAGAGGAAUGA